AAGUAAAGCGGUGCCACUGCCAGUCCACACCCCAUUUCCCGUGAAUCGAUCGAGCGAGCAAAGCUUGCCUGGGGUUUUCUGCCUGUCAUGGCGGGGAUUGGGAUCUGCCGCUGGAAAUGCGAGGCCUGGCCGUGGAUUCAAGGCGCUCGCGAAGUCCAGGCUCCAGCAUUGCCUCCACAGAAGCGGCAAUGCAGGCGCGGUUCUCAAGCACCCAUUUUGUUUUCCUUUUCGUUUCUCUCGCAUCGCAGCGCUCUGAUAUGGAUGGAUCGAGCGCAGCAACAGGUGCGCGGCGUGUAUAUCGACUGCAAGGGGCUGAAUUUCGAGCAAGCCAUGGCGCGCUAUGGCCGGAAGAUGCGACAGGACAAGACGCUCACUGAUCUGCUCAAGAAGGAGUACUACGUGAAGCCGUCGGAGCAGCGGCGCCAGGCGGAGAAGGAGCGUGUCAAGCGAACCAAGAAGAGGCUCUUCCUGGAGAAGCUCAAGUUCGUCUUGAUGCUGCGAGCAAGAGGGCUGUGAUCGAACUUUGGUGAUCUUCUUUUAAUUUGUUUUCCUCUCUACUUCUGUUUUUAUGAACUAACAAGAGCCCUAAGUUUCUUUUCUAUCAUGGCCUCGGGAGGGCCUCUUCUCGCUCUCGACGAUCUCAUCCAUGAUCUUAGCAAAGAUCCAGCAUCACCGAAUUUCCCCUGGUUGGAUCGCCCAUCAGCAACGCAACAAGAUGAUCAUCUCCCUCAGGAUCUCGAUCUCGUAGAGGAAAUCCAGGAGACCUGCCGCGAUCUCAAUGCCGCAUUGGAGCGCCCCGGCUACGCUUGGACCUCGCUCAACCAGAAGCUAUGCACGAGCCUGGCCGCGGCAGCCGAGAUCGUUCGAAUCAGCCACGCGAAUUUCGCGCAAUUGCUCCAGAAACUCCAGGCCCUGCGCGCGAUUGUUAGCAGGGGAGAAGGAACCCUAAAGAUGGUAUAAAUGCCGAGUAUAUUCUCUUAGGGUAGGGCGUAACAAUUUUGCAGUAAAGUAUAUCUUUAGAA